GACGAGUUGAAAGUCCGCAUGUUGGUCACUUUGCUGAAUUGCUUGGGAGCGGCUCAUUUUGAAUUGUUAGAAGAAAUCACAAAAGAAAUGCUGAAAUCAUCGUUUGGAGUCAUCCUCAAAACUAGACUCCCUACCACCUCAGCGUCACGCGCCGGUCAGCCACUGGCUAUGACCUUGCGACGGUACACUGAAAAAGCCUUUCAGCCCAACAUCACCUUUGAAGAAUUACAAGAACGAAUCCAAGCAGGCAAACCGGAUAGCUUUACUUUGAUAGACGUACGAGAACCUGGAGAAUUGAGAGAGGGCAUCAUCCCCACCGCCACCAAUGUUCCUCUGAGCCAGUUUGCAGAUGCUUUUGCCGCAAACCAUGAAGAUUUUGAAGACAAACUCGGUUUUGAAAAACCUGCUACCAGUGAUGAAGUUAUCGUCUAUUGUAAAGCUGGUGCACGAUCGGCGGCGGCCAUGGAAUAUUUAAAGAGUCUGGGUUAUGCUCGAGUGCGUAAUUAUCCUGGUAGUUACAUGGAAUGGGCCUCCAAGACCAUGAAAUGAAAGAGAACUAGGAUGGCGUGAGACUCACCUUAGAAUGAAGCUUUUCUUUGUUCCACCAUAUGGCUUCCAGCAAGCUCUGAUUUCACACGAACACAAGUUUUUUUUUGGCAUCACAUCACCUUUAAAAUAUAAAAAAAAUACAUACACUUUUUUUAUUUCAA